CCGAGUAAUAUGGCCGCUGCCUCUUGAAUGCCGCCGGUAUCUGGCGGGAGAGGGUCGCGAGAGUCGUUAGACGGCCAGGUUCAGGUGUGCGGGAGGGAUCCGGGCCUGGGUUCCAAGGCGCAGCGGUAGAGAGAAGCGAGCGGGCCUGGGACGACGUGGUCCAUGAGCCGGCGCCGGGGGCGGCGUGGAGCCGUAGACUCCCGUGGCCCCGACGCGGCUCCAGCAGCCGCGGGCUAAGGAGUCGCGAGGCUUCUCAAGCUGCCACCAUGAACCCCGAGAAGGAUUUCGCGCCGCUCACGCCGAACAUCGUGCGCGCCCUGAAUGACAAGCUGUACGAAAAGCGGAAGGUGGCAGCGCUGGAGAUUGAGAAGCUGGUGCGAGAGUUCGUGGCCCAGAACAAUACAGUGCAGAUCAAGCACGUGAUCCAAACGCUGUCUCAGGAGUUCGCCCUGUCUCAGCACCCCCACAGUCGGAAAGGGGGCCUCAUCGGCCUGGCUGCCUGCUCCAUCGCUCUAGGCAAGGACUCAGGGCUGUACCUGAAGGAGCUGAUCGAGCCAGUGCUGACCUGCUUCAAUGACGCAGACAGCAGGCUGCGCUACUACGCCUGCGAGGCACUCUACAACAUCGUCAAGGUGGCCCGCGGUGCUGUGCUACCCCACUUCAACGUGCUCUUCGAUGGGCUGAGCAAGCUGGCUGCUGACCCAGACCCCAAUGUAAAAAGUGGAUCUGAGCUCCUAGACCGCCUUUUAAAGGACAUCGUGACAGAGAGCAACAGGUUUGACCUGGUGGGCUUCAUCCCUUUGUUGCGGGAGAGGAUUUACUCCAACAACCAGUAUGCCCGGCAGUUCAUCAUCUCCUGGAUCCUGGUUCUGGAGUCCGUGCCAGACAUCAAUCUGCUGGACUACUUGCCGGAAAUCCUGGAUGGACUAUUCCAGAUCCUGGGCGACAAUGGCAAAGAGAUUCGGAAAAUGUGUGAGGUUGUUCUUGGAGAAUUCUUGAAAGAAAUAAAGAAGAACCCCUCCAGUGUUAAGUUUGCCGAGAUGGCCAACAUCCUGGUGAUCCAUUGCCAGACCACAGACGACCUAAUCCAGCUGACGGCCAUGUGCUGGAUGCGGGAGUUCAUCCAGCUGGCCGGCCGCAUCAUGCUGCCCUAUUCUUCUGGGAUCCUGACUGCCGUUUUGCCCUGUCUGGCCUAUGAUGACCGCAAGAAAAGCAUCAAGGAGGUGGCCAAUGUAUGCAACCAGGGCCUGAUGAAACUGGUCACCCCCGAGGAUGAUGAGCCGGACGAGCCGAAGCCAGUGCUCCAGCGGCAGUUAGAACCCCACCCGGAUGACUCCCUGGCAAGGCAAGAGGGGGCAGGCAAUGGAGGCACAGAUGUUUCCUGUGACUCCAGCUUCAGUAGUGGCAUAAGUGUCUUCACUCCAGCCAGCACUGAGAGAGCCCCAGUGACCCUGCACCUUGACGGGAUUGUGCAGGUCCUGAACUGCCACCUCAGUGACAUGGCCAUCGGAAUGAUGACCAGGAUUGCCGUUCUGAAGUGGCUGUACCACCUCUACAUCAAGACUCCUCGGAAGAUGUUCCGGCACACGGACAGCCUGUUCCCCAUCCUGCUGCAGACACUCUCAGAUGAGUCCGAUGAGGUUGUCCUGAAGGAUCUGGAGGUGCUGGCUGAAAUUGCUUCCUCCCCUGCAGGCCAGACAGAUGACCCAGGCCCCUUGGAUGGGCCUGACCUCCGGGUGAGCCACUCAGAGCUCCAGGUGCCCACCCCCAGCAGAGCUGGUCUGCCCACAACUCCUGGAACCAAAGGCUUAGAAUGUUCUCCUUCCACUCCUACCAUGAACUCCUACUUCUAUAAGUUCAUGAUCAACCUUCUCAAGAGGUUCAGCAGUGAACGGAAGCUCCUGGAGGUCAGAGGCCCCUUCAUCAUCAGGCAGCUCUGCCUCCUACUCAAUGCAGAGAACAUCUUCCACUCGAUGGCUGACAUCCUGCUCCAGGAGGAAGACCUCAAGUUCGCUUCCACCAUGGUCCACGCCCUCAACACCAUCCUGCUCACCUCUACAGAGCUCUUCCAGCUGCGAAAUCAGCUCAAGGACCUGAAGACUCUGGAGAGCCAGAACCUGUUCUGUUGCCUGUACCGCUCCUGGUGCCACAACCCAGUCACCACGGUGUCCCUUUGCUUCCUCACCCAGAACUACCAGCACGCCUAUGACCUCAUCCAGAAGUUUGGGGACCUGGAGGUCACUGUGGACUUCCUCACAGAAGUGGACAAGCUGGUGCAGCUCAUCGAGUGCCCCAUCUUCACAUAUCUACGCCUGCAGCUGCUGGACGUGAAGAACAACCCUUACCUGAUCAAGGCCCUGUACGGCCUGCUCAUGCUGCUGCCCCAGAGCAGCGCCUUCCAGCUGCUCUCACACCGGCUCCAGUGUGUGCCCAACCCUGAGUUGCUGCAGACCGAGUCGCCAUGGAAACGGGCAGAGCCACUGAGAAGAUUUACACUGAAUGGAGCGUGCCCAGCUUGCAUCAGAUGCCCUGUGUGUCUACAGUUCCCUCCCAGGCCGUUAGAGCCACUCAGUGGGCCUGGCACCUGGCUCCAGUGAAGGGCCUCAGGCUCUGCCCUUAGGGUGGACACAGGCAGCCUUGAGAUGGGCCUACCCAUGCUCAAGGCUCCUGUGUCCUCCCCACCCAGCAGGCCUCGCCUCCACCACCCAACCUGGCCCGGCAGAGGCACAUGUUGGUUGUCUUGCCCGAGGCUGUCUAAACAGACUGAGCCCCUAGUUAGUGUGGCCCUCACCAAGGCCCAGCUCCUGCCUUGCCUGUCCCUUCCCCAGACAGCAGUGCUGCAGGUGACAGGAAUAGCCCUGGUGCCAGCUGUUGUCCCAGCUGCUCAGGGUGCCACCCAGGUAAUCCCCUGGAGACAGCAUUGGCAUUGGGUGCACUAUGGCACCCAAGGAAGCAGGGAGACAGCCACUUUGAUUCCCUCAAGCAGAGAGCUGCAGCCCUGAGAUGCAGAGAGAAGCCCUGGAGCCACACUGCAGGUUACCAGCCUGGCCUCUGUGUUGGCCUUUGCAGCACCACGUGGGUGUUAAAUCACCCUGGAAGGCACUUAGGAGGGGAAGGGACUGUUAGAAGGGGAAAGAAGCAGCAGGGGCUGCUUCACUGUGACCUCCAGUUUCCCCAUGGGAACCAGCCUUCCUAGGGGAGGUCUCUUGGUCAGGCAGCAGAUCCUAUGGUGUUAAGGGUCAGUGUCACUGUCAGAGACCUUGUGCUGCAUCUCCUCAUCCUGGAGGAGUAGGCACAAGGCUCAAGAGUAGUUGGACCUCUCUCCACACUCCUCAUCCCAGGGUAGAACAAGUUUGCAGAGAGAAGCUGGGAGAAAGGAUUUCUUCACCAUCUCCCAUAGCCAGAGUCAGGCAAGUCUUGAGCAAGGGGGCUGAGGCUCUGGGGGAGGAUUUUAUGAGACAGUGGAUAGUUUGAGGGCCUGGACUCAGAUGUGGUCCAGGCUUUGCUGUGGAUUUGCUUUGUGACCUCAGGUAAGUCUGAUGCCUUGGUUUCAUCAGUAAAUGCACAUUUGGACUAAAUGGGUGUGUUGAGGCAUUGCCCAGCCUUUCUUUACAAAGACCUGGGAAGAGAGAUGAUAGACAUGGACAGUGGGCAAGGAAGUGCCUCAGGAACAGCUGGGGAGGGGUCAGAUUGCAGGGUUGGGCAUAGAGGGACAGUCCCAGCCCUGGGAGGGGCAGGCAGCUGGCAGCCAGCAUCGAGUUGCCUACAGGCCUGCCAGGCAGGAACAGCUGGGCAGUUCCUGCGCUCCAUGCCUGUCCCUCGUCCCUUAUUGUAUGUCCUGAAGGCUCCAGCAAGGCUCAACAACCAUGCUUCCACCUAAGCUUCUGGGCAACUACCCAGGGACCAUCUCAGUGAGGCAGGAGGGAACCUCUGAAGGAAAAUCUAGUGACAGGUGUGUGGGUAGGGUGGCACCAGAAGAGACCAGCUCAGGGUGCUGGAAUCCCAGCUUUGCUCUGCUGGCUGGAUGUCCUCAGCCCCUGAGUGCCUGGGGCUAGUGUGAACAAAGAGUGAAAGGGUUGAGCAGCAGCCAUGCUCAGAGACCAGGCAGUGCCUCCUAGCCCCAUGGGGGCACAUGCUUACCUGCUCCCUUCCCUCCUUCCCAUGGAGAGUGCACCACCAGAAAACACCUUGCCUGGUGUCUGUGGCUGAUGCUUUACCGGACCUUGUGCCCCUGCCUCCUGAGGGGUCGAUCACUGCUAGCACCACAAAAAAUCAAAAGCGGGUGGACCCCACCCAGGGAGUCAGGCUGCAGGAAGCACUCUAGGCUCCCAGGAAGGAGGAGAGACCUCCCUGGCACAGUCACCCUGUGGCAAAGAGAACAGCCUGGGCUUCUGAGGAGGCCAAGGGACACCUAGAGCUCAGAGCCCUAACCCCAGGGUGUGGCCACAUGCUCCCUUAACCUACUUGGGCCCAGGCCACAGGGACAACACUGAUGGGUGCCCAUGGGUCUGCAUGCUGCUCCCCACAGUGCUCCUGGGAAGCCAAAGCAUUAGGCCCAGGGGAGGCUGGGGGUUUUUAGGGAGCUGCCAGCACCAGAUUGCAGGCUGGGGGUGAUGUGCACAGAUGCUUUGAUCUCUGUGGCAUUAGCGGUGACUGAGCCCUAUUCAAGAGGCAGAGGGAUAAGGCCCAGCACACAGUCAUCCAGACACCAUCCAGGUGUUUUCUGGUGGUGUAUCCUUUAUAGAAAGAAGGGAGGGGAGCAGGUGGGAGUAGGCAGAAACUGAGCAGGGGUAUAAGACACUGGGUGUCUGGGCUCUGGAAGGUGUCUCAGCUAUGGGUAGAGUCUACCAUCCUGGUCCUGCCGGGUGGAGCUCAUGAGUGAGAGUUCUGUUGGGGGGAGCGCCACUGUUUCCCUCAAAAUGGCAACCAACAUGCACUGUCUUGAGCUGCUGGGCACCAGGCUGAGCUCUUAAGACACCAUGUCUGGAGGAACCCUUACAGACCCCUCUUUACAGCUGAGGAAACUGAGUCACGUGCCCAACAUUAGGUGGCAAGGACAGGGUCAUGUGGCUGGGUCAAGGUCUGUCUAGCUCCUGUGCUCAGCUGCUGCCUGGAUGCUCUGUAUUGGAGUCUUUUCAUGAAUACGGAGGGCUCAAGGGUCCUCUACUUAGCUCAGCAGACCAUGGUCUUCAUGAGACACUGACCAGGUCUCAAGGGAUGGAAGCAGAUACUUGCCAGAGUGAAGGAGCAGUCUGAGACUCAGCUGGAGAGUAGAGAGGGAUGGGACAGCAGCCCAUAGGCUCUGGUAGCCAGAGCAAGCUAAGCGCUGGGCUUGAAGUUGCAGUCCCCUAACAGCUAACCCUGUGUAAAACUGCAGCCUGCGCUGCACAGCCACGGCCAGAGCUCCUGGGGACUAUGGUCACAACAGGAGCAUAGGAGCUAUCACAGUGUCCAGUGAUGAGACCAGUUCCCCUUCCCCCAGAAACAGGGAGUGACUACAGGCCUUGGGGCCCCAAUACUCAAAAACAAGAGUCCUGCCAAGUUGAGGGCUCAGCAGAGACUUCAGUAAUGCCUGUUGUACCCAGCCCAAGCCCAGCCCCAGAGAAAGGACCAGGCUGCCCCCUCCCCCUUGUCCCCAGACCCUGUUCCAGGCCCCAGCUGGCUUCCUGGCUGGCUGCUGGCUCUGGCUUUCACCCCAAAGGGAGCCACUGGUAAACAGGAAAUGCUUCCCGAUUAGAUGCCUGCUCUGGGCGCCAUCGCCAAGCCCACAGGCUGAGGGCAAUCCAAGCAGCAGGCAACGGGGGUUGGAAGGGGUAUUUAUGGGGUGCCCCAGUUCGCUGGGGCAGGAGGCUGAGCCCCACCAGCCUUGGCUCUGCUCCAGACCCCUUGCUCUCCACCUGCAGCCCCCAUGUGAAGUGGUGCCUGAUGCUGAGCCUUCUCCCUCCUCCCAGAGCCAGUCUGAAUGCCGCCCCCAAGUCUCAGAAGGCCGACUCCCCCAGCAUCGACUAUGCAGAGCUGCUGCAGCACUUUGAGAAGGUCCAGAACAAGCACCUGGAAGUGAGGCACCAGCGGAGUGGGCGUGGGGAUCCCACGG